AGAAGAGGGAUGAGAAGAAGGAUGAGAAGAAGGAGAAGGAUGAGAAGAAGGAGAAGGAUGAGAAGAAGGAGAAGGAUGAGAAGAAGGAGAAGGAUGAGAAGAAGGAGAAGGAUGAGAAGAAGGACAUGUAUCUGCAGAAUGUCAUUUAUGGAAACAAAUAGAUACAAUGUUUCAACCGCUGUAUGGAAGGACAGUCCCAGAACUGUCAUUAAUAGUCUAUUUCUGACAGUUCUAUGACAUUCCCUCCAUACAGCGGUUGAAACCGCUGUAUGGAGUGAAUGUCCCAGAACUGUUAUAAAUAGUCUAUUUCUGACAGUUCUUGGGACAUUCACUCCAUACAGCGGUUGAAACAUUGUAU